AUGGAUUCAACUGCUGCCAAAAUCCAGGCUUUGGGAGAUCUAGAAUUGGCCGUCUUGCUCUGUCUGGUAGCCCAGCAACACUGUAUAAUAUCCACUCAGAAUAUCUUAAUCGACAGCCUGGCACAUGAACUUCAGCUAAUUGCUACUAACAUCUUUGGUCUCUCGUGUGCCUUGGUCAACUGUUCACCCACGACUACUCUUGACGACUUCAAAGAGUCUAUCCUGGUUGAUGUUCCAGAUACAUCUGAUGACCAUGUACUGUCUUCUACCCAUCUAUCACUCCCCUCAUUCAACCACGCCACUUCUAGGCACACCUUUUUUCGUAAUCAGUCUGGCACGAGCAAUGAACUUGACGAGCGGAAAAUUGCCGACAUUAUCAUCGCAAAAGAUCUAAACAUGGCAGGCAGUAACGUCCAGACUCAGGCUUUAGAGCUCAUGCGUACCAAAAGACUGUUCAGUCACACCGCUAUGCACGGUACCUCCAAGCACUUCCUCUUCCUCGCUCUACAGGCAUCAGAGUCCAAGUCCAAGCUCGCUUUUCAUCUUAACGACAUGUUUGCCAUCUCACAUCACCAUACCGAAGACGAUGGCUUCCCAAACCUUGAAGAACAGGAGUUCAAGGAUCCAUCACAGUUGGAUGAUGCUGCAUCCAUCUCGUCAAUCGUCAAGCAUCCUUUUCCCAACCAAGAGACCCUUCCCGACUCUCCCACAAUCACGCCCGACGAGAUCCAGAACUUGCGUUCUGCUGUCACAAGUGUUCGCGUAAGCGCUGAAGUGGCUGCCUACCUCCACAAUAUUGUCAUCUUCAUGCGUCUGAAUCGCUUCGUGGCAGGAGGCAUCUCUGCCUAUGCUACUCGACAUUUCCGAGCCAUUGUCCAUGCUCUUGCACCUUUGCACAACCUCAGAUACGUUCCACCCUCAUUGGUCGCGUUGGCAGCAAGGAAGGUUUAUGCUCAUCGCUUGAUCUUAGCUACUCCAAACACCGAAAGGAGCAUGCAAUGGGGAAGCGACUAUCGUGCGGUCGAACAAGUCUUAAAGGGUGUCACCGUCGAGGAUGCCAUUGAGUCAGUUCUCUCGAGUGUUGAAGCGCCGCUCUGA